AAGUGGAGGAGUGACAUAACAUGUUUAUCCUUGUUAAAGAGAAAAAGCAAAAACAGCCGGUGCAAAUGGGCUGAUAUCAGCAUAGGAUGGAGGGUUUGGGUGGGAGCGACACACAGAUGCACAUAACUGAUAAGUAGCUACUUAAACAGACAAAUUUAAAAAAUAAUAGGUUCAACCACUAAAACUGGAGCACAAGCUUCUCACACGGUCUGUGCCUUACAGCAAGUCACAUUACUUACCAUAUAAUUACAUGUAAUUACAUGAAAAUGCUCCGAAAGCCACAAACACCAUAAACAAGGUCAAGAAGUCAUGUUGAGUGACUCGUGUAAGUGGAAGUAAGGCCUAGUAUGUCUAUCAACAAAAACAUGUCAAUCAAAGCAGCCACACCUUCAACUUUAUCCUUUAACAAAAUCCAAACGGCUGAGCCACAAAAAAUUAUGAAAGGGGUACAAUAUCAAAACUAAAUACUUUUUGUACAUUUGUACAUGUCAAUGUGGAACAACUUGCUUUAGGUCUCAUGUGGCCACUCCAGGAACUCUGGGAAUUUUUCACAGAUGGAAGUUGGCCCAUGGUGGCAAUAUCAAGACUGGUAUCAAAAGGUGUCAUAGAGACAGUGGUUUUAUAAGACUACUAGCAACAUCUUUAUCUCAUCUUUACCCUCAACCCAUCAGGAUGGUGUUUAAAUGUGACAAAAUUUAACUUAAAACAUAGAACUACUGAUCUUAAAGUUCAAACUGAUAUUAAAAUACUUUGUUUUGGACACUAAAUUACUUUAUUGUGUGUAAACGUGUGUGGCAGUUCUCAACAAAUUUCACUGGUGAAAGUUUGAGACUCAUGGAACCAUUUUUUGGAGUUUGUGUGCAGACUCUUAGCUGUCUGAUAGUAUGACAGGAAUAUAACUGUUGGGGACAUAUAUUAAAUGAAAUACCUUCGUGUCAGAUAUUGAUAACUUGCACAGUUAGAGGAGAAAUCGUUUAAACAGGCCAGAUAAAACUGUGAUGGUGAACCUCUGUAGGAAUCCUAAUAAAUUUAUUUUUUAUUGUGAGACAUAAACUACCACAAAACCACAGCGUGAACAGUUCACUCCUGUGAACUGAUUUUACCACGUUUCUUUCAUUAAUGCUGGUGCACUUUGAUGAAUAACGUGAACAUCCUGCCUAUCUUCCCUCACUCCCUCCUCUAAAUAAAAAGAGGAGGGGUUGGGGGUUGCGGGGUGUGGAGGAGUGGGGCAGGGAUCAACCCUGCAGACUCUUGAGUGUACACCCAGACUCAGCGCAGUACUGGAGAGGAGAGCACAAGUAGAACUGCUGACUGGAGCCACUGAGUCACACAACUGUAAGUUUUUUCAUUAACUUUGGCCCCAGUGACAGAGAGGACUGAUGCUGUUGGAGAUGACUGAACUGUCACUGUUGGAACAAUAUUCCUCUGCUUUAGGAAAUGUUCUCUGUUCUGAGAGCCUGAGAGUUACUGAGGAACUUUAAGACGCAGAUAUCGGAGAAUUCCCACUUCAGAGUUUGGGUAGGAAUUCUAAAAACAGCCUUGUAAUUUACCCCUGAACAUUUAGUACAAUGAUGCACAAACAUCCACGAGAAGUGAAACUAACCAAAAGGCAUUUUUGAAUCUAAGGGGACUUUGACAUCCUUCUACAUUAGAUACAAAGGAGCUCUAAAGAAGAUCAGCUGCAGGCCGUUUCUUGGAUAAAAGCCACAGUCAAAAUCAAAGGAUGAGGACUCAUCUCCUCUGCUUGGAGUUACUCGCUUUGGCAGUCCACAUACUUGUGGCCAGUGGACAACUGGAGCCAAAGAAACAAGUGCCCCAGGAGCCUCUCACUGUUACCCAGAAACAAGGGCUCGUGGAACGAGAUGUGCAGGGUGCGGUGCGGCCCAACAGCACCAUGCCCCGCCGCCGCCUGCCACCCAUGUGCACCGGACCCACAGAAAUCCGAGACACUUUCAAGUACAUCAACACAGUGGUGUCCUGCCUGGUUUUCGUUGUCGGUAUUAUUGGGAAUUCCACUCUUCUGAGGAUCAUCUAUAAGAAUAAGUGUAUGCAUAACGGGCCAAAUAUACUGAUCGGCAGCCUGGCACUUGGAGACCUGCUGCAUAUCAUCAUCGCCAUUCCCAUUAAUGUUUAUAAGCUCCUGGCGGAGGAUUGGCCAUUCGGGGUGACUCUGUGCAAGCUGGUGCCAUUUGUGCAGAAAUCCUCAGUGGGGAUUACAGUGCUGAGUCUGUGUGCGUUGAGUAUUGACAGGUAUCGUGCCGUGGCCUCAUGGAGCCGUAUCAAAGGGAUCGGAGUUCCAAAAUGGAUGGCUAUCGAGAUAGCGCUCAUCUGGAUAAUAUCCAUCAUCCUGGCUGUGCCAGAGGCGAUAGCCUUCGACAUGAUCACCAUGAACUACAAAGGAGAACAUUUGAGGAUCUGCUUGCUGCACCCCGUGCAGAAAACCGAAUUCAUGAGGUUUUAUAAAUCAGCAAAGGACUGGUGGCUGUUCAGUGUGUAUUUCUGCCUGCCGUUGGCCUGCACUGCCAUUUUCUACACCCUGAUGACCUGUGAGAUGCUGAGGAAGAAGAAUGGCAUGCAGAUUGCGCUCAGCGACCACUUAAAACAGCGGAGGGAGGUGGCGAAGACAGUGUUUUGUCUGGUUUUAGUCUUUGCUCUGUGCUGGCUGCCUCUCCACCUCAGCCGUAUCCUGAAGCUCACCAUCUAUGAUGAAAAGGAUCCAAACCGGUGUGAAUUGCUCAGUUUCUUUUUGGUGUUGGACUACAUUGGCAUCAACAUGGCAUCUGUCAACUCCUGUAUCAACCCCAUCGCCCUCUACAUGGUCAGCAAGCGCUUCAAGAACUGCUUCAGGUCCUGUCUGUGCUCCUGGUGCGUAACGACAGAGAUGUUAAUGGACGAAAAGCAGUCGUGCAUAAAGCUUAAAGUCAGCGACCGAGGCUCCGAACAGAGCAACUCUCGCAUGACCAACAAGUCCUCGACAGCCUGAGGAGAGGCCCAGAAGUGAGAAACAACCAAAAAACAUCGAAGUAUGCCUGCGUAAAUGAGGACAGGGACCCAUUUGUUUUUAUCUACAGCAUAAUAUACAUACUGCCGGAAAUCAGCUCUCACUGCAACUCAAUCUAACCUGAAACUUUUAGCACUUAUCAUGGAGUGCCACACUCAUUCUGUCCAAGAAUGAAGUGUCAGCACGCCUCCAAAGCUGCACUCUUGGAUAGGAAGUAUCAAAUUUAUACAGGCAUGAAUAACAUUAAAAAUGGAGAACUGAACAGGAGCAAAGUUCAACUAUGUUGUGUAAAAUUGGGGGUUAAGGGUUGAUAAGCUAAGACAGCUUGCCAGGCUUGCAGCCUGGAUAGUGUAUGCAUUGUAGUGUAUUUGUUACAUACUUCAGCAUCUUGUAAAACAGCCAUUUGGGGAUUUUGCAUGUUUUUUCUGUAAAAAAAAAUGAAUGUACAUGAGCAUUUUACAUGCUUUUGCAUACUUGUUAAUGCUUUGAAAUUUAUUUUCUUUGUGUAUUCUCACUAGCAACAAAACUACUGACGCUGUGUGACUUCAGCUGUGAUACCGUCAGCUAUUGUAUCAUAUUGUUCCAUACUUGGCCUGUUCCUGAGGCUUUAUGCAUUUUGUCAUUAUAUUAGUGCCUGAUUAUCUUAAUUUGACUCCUUACCUUUAAUGUAGGGUUUCUUUUUUCAAUAAAUAUAACACAUAAAAUCAUGA